UCCACGAUGAAUUGAUCUUCUUCGCUUCACUUCUUGAUGGACGUGUAUUGGUAGCAAAGCUAUGCUAGCAAGCCUCUCAAACCUACUCUCGAAGCAGCCCACACAAGCGAUCCCCACUGCUCAAUUUUUUUGGGUUUUCAGAAAUUUAAAUUCAUGGGCUGCGGCCAUAAGAAAGGCCUCGUCGUCUCAUGAAGCAUUGAAGAUUUAUACCCAGAUGCAACAGAAAAGAGUACCCUUUGAUAGCUUUUCUAUACUCUUUACUCUUAAAUCAUGCACAGUAUUGAAUAAUCUUCCUCUUGUACGCCAUUUUCACGCACACAUUGUUAAGAUAGGCUUUAGUUCCCAUGUUUAUGUAGCCACCUCGCUGCUGAAUGCGUAUGUUGUGGCCUGUUUUGAAGAUGCGUGUUACCUGUUUGAUGAAAUGCCUGAGAGAAAUAUUGUCACGUGGAAUACGAUGAUCACGGGCUAUUCACGUUAUGGCGAGUUGGGCAAAGCACGUGUAGUGUUUGAUCAAAUGCCGGCGAGGGAUCCUUCAUCAUGGUCGGCGGUUAUUUCUGGGUACAUGGGCAAUUGCCUUUGGGAUGAUGGUUUGGCCCUUUUUCGUGAAAUGGUGGUGACUGAAGGACUGAGGCCUGAUCAAGUGGUCAUUGGUUCAGUUUUACCAGGGUGUGGUCACAUGGGUUCGGUUGGUUUGGUGUUUGGCAAGUCAAUACAUGGAUUUGUGAUUAAGAAUAAGUGGGAACUGGAUGUGGAAUUAGGUACAUGUUUAGUUGAUAUGUAUGCAAAAUGUGGAUUCUUGAAGGAUGCCUGUUUGGUUUUUGAAAUGAUGACCUAUAGGAAUGUGGUGGCUUGGACAGCUUUAAUAUGUGGUUUUGCACAGCACGGUUGUGGAGCAGAUGUAUUCUUGAUAUUUCAGAGGAUGAGGGAAUGUGAUGUGAAGCCUAAUGAGUUGACUUUUACAGGGUUACUGAGUGCUUGUGCACAGGCAGGAUUGGUGGAAGAGGGUCGGGGAUACUUUAGAAUGAUUGAAGAGUAUGGGCUGAGGCCGAGAAUGCAACAUUACGGUUGCAUGGUUGAUUUAUUUGGAAAAGCAGGGUUGUUGGGUGAAGCUUAUGAGAUUAUAAGGGCAAUGCCAUCUGAGCCAAAUGUUGUUAUUUGGGGAUCAUUUUUGGCAUCUUGUAAGUUGCAUAAACAGUUUGAGAUGGCUGAGAGAAUAAUUGACCGGGUAAUGAGGACAGUUAGGCCUGAGAAUGAUGGAGGUGUGUAUACUCUCAUUUCUGAUUUGUAUGUCUUGAAUGGUAACUGGGGUGAGGCUGAAAGGGUCAGAAGAUUGAUGCUCAACCAAAGCGUUAGAAAGGCUAGAGGAUCAAGUUUUAUCAGAAGUGGAACAAUCUGAAUUGCUAAACUCUUGUUUCCCAUCCAAGUAAACCGGCACCCUGGUGGUUGUAAAGUUUUACAAGGAAGAAGAAAAUUUUUUGAAAGUUCUUGAAGAAACGUAAGAUAAAUUCCUUUAUUAAUUAACAACAUUAAGGACAAAAAAUAAGAGAUUUCCAUAUGGGGAACUUCUAUUCUUUUUGCACAAGGAAUAAACACGGACACAUGCAGAUGCACACAAAACAUUCCCCACAGAAGUGUGAGGAAAUUGACAGAACAGUUGGGGGAAAAUUGCGCCACUUCUCCAGUCUUUCCAAUUGAUACUCACCUCGUCCCUGACGUCACACAUUUUGCUUGUUUCUCCAGCUGUAUGGCUUCCCGAAUAUAGCUACCUUCAACAAAAUUCCACAGAACAUUCUUCAAUAUUCAGUUUCAAUUGUUAAGCAUGGCUGUGUAGCUUGGACCACAGAUGAGAAUGAACAUAUGCUAUGGUUUCUGACUCUAUAAUCGUCCACAUGUUCCCGAAAAUGCAGAAACCAACGGUGCCAACUAAGCUACCAAAUGGGUAAUUGGCCAGGAGAAGGCUAAGGAUUGUGUUAAAAAGGUCAUUGUAAGUCGUAUAUUAGAUUCAUCUUAUACUUUACUUUGUAUACCUUAUGCUUGUUCUUUUCUAUGUAAAGAAAUUCCAUUAAAGGAAAAAGGCAUUGUUGGGACAGCCUUUUGUCUGUUUUCAUUCAUUAUUGGCUUUAAAUUUUGAGUUGGUAUCCUUUACGAGGUGUUUGCAAAA